UGCUUGGCCUCAUAGACUAUCAAGCAGCCAUUCAUCUUUGGAAGAUUGACAAAUUUGAUUUUGUCGUGUGCAUGAGUGCAUACAUUGGUGUGGUCUGUGGCAGCGUUGAAAUUGGCUUAGUCAUAGCUGUUGCAAUAUCAGUACUUCGGAUACUUCUAUUUGUUGCAAGGCCAAGGACAUUUGUUUUGGGACACAUUCCAAAUUCUGUGAUAUACAGAAAUGUUGAGCAAUAUCCAAAUGCAAAACACGUUCCUGGAAUCCUAAUUCUAGAGAUUGAUGCACCAAUUUACUUUGCCAAUGCAAGCUAUUUAAGAGAAAGGAUCACAAGGUGGAUUGAUGAAGAGGAAGACAGAAUCAAAGCUACAGGGGAGACAAGUUUGCAGUAUGUUAUUAUGGAUAUGAGUGCUGUUGGGAACAUAGAUACAAGCGGAAUAAGUAUGCUUGAAGAGGUCAAGAAGAUUACUGACAGAAGAGAGCUACAAUUUAUUUUGGUCAAUCCUGGAAGUGAGGUGAUGAAGAAAUUGAACAAAUCGAAGUUCCAAAAUCAUUUAGGUCAGAAAUGGAUCUAUCUAACUGUUGAAGAGGCCGUUGGAGCAUGCCACUUCAUGCUCAGUGAAUCCAAAAUGAACCCCAAGAAAGAUGGAUCAGAGGGUUGGAACAAUGUGUGACCGAGUCAUAUGCCAAAGAACAUUCUUAAUAGCUCACAAAGCUUAUUCGUUUUCGUCUCAGUUAUGUUACCACUACAAUAUGUGGCAUGAGAAUUUGUGAAUCUUGCCGCAGAAGUUUUAGAAGCAUUAGAAAAUGAAAGAUGCACGGGUCUUAUAAUUU